AUGGCAUGGCAUCCGACCCAAUCACACCGUCGCAGGCACCGCCCCGCACCAGACCACACGGACCUCCCGAUGAGGCGAUGACCAGAGGAGGCCUCACUCGUUUCAGCGUGUCCACCGCGUUCCCCUCCAGCACCACUGGGUCCUUUGCCAUGAAGUUUCGUCUCGGCUCUCGGGCCAAUCGCCGCUGUGCUUGGUUUCCCUCGUCGUCCCCAUAUAAAGGAGCGGACUGGCCGGUGUGUGACCGUGAAAGCCUGCUCCUCACGCCGAGCUCCAUCGAUUCAACGUUCUAGCUGAAGGUCUAGUAGGCCGGUCAUGUUCUUCUCCACAUUCUUGCUACUGUUCUGGACCGUCUUCGCCUGGACAACUCGUCACAAGAGGGUCGUCCCUGCUCAACGGCCAUACGCCAAGAUUGACAGAAACUACGACAACUUAGAUCAGGUGAAGGCGGCACUUCAGUUGGCUGGUCUCGAGUCCUCCAACCUCAUUAUCGGUGUCGAUUUCACCAAGAGCAACGAAUGGACAGGCAAACGUUGUUUCAACGGGAGAAGCCUGCAUCACCUGGGAGGGCCUCCUAACCCUUACGAGCAAGCCAUCAGCAUCAUCGGCAAAACCUUAUCGGGGUUCGACGAGGACAAUCAGAUCCCAUGCUUCGGCUUUGGUGACACAUCCACGCAUGAUCAACACGUCUUCAGCUUCUACCGAGGUGGACGGGUAUGCAAUGGUGUCAAUGAAGCGCUGCAGCGGUACAGAGAGAUCGCUCCUCACGUUCGGCUCUCCGGCCCGACAUCUUUAGCUCCAAUCAUAGAAACUGCAACCAAGGUCGUUCACGACCACGGCUAUCAAUAUCACAUCCUACUGAUAAUAGCUGAUGGGCAGGUCCCUACGUCUUCUAGUGCUCCUUAUGCGAACAACUCGGAAGAAGCAAGAUCAGAAAACUACCUAGAAGAAAGGACUGUUCAGGCUCUCAUAGAUGCCAGUGAUUUCCCUCUUUCGAUUGUGCUUGUUGGAGUAGGCGAUGGACCAUGGGAUGAUCUGAUACACUGCAACGAUAACCGGCGGCGGUUUGAUAACUUUCAGUUUGUGGAUUUCACCGAAAUUAUGUCCAGGGAAAUGUCAGAAGGCGACAAGGAGGAUGAAUUCACGUUGGAGGCGCUGAUGAAGAUACCAGCCCAGCAUGAUGCGAUAAUCAGCCAGAACAUUAGUGAGCUGAUGACAAGGGCGCCUAGAACAACAACUUUGCCCCCACCUUGCUGAGCCUGUGAGCCAUAUGUUGACAGCAAAUUCCCAGUUUCUGAUGCGUGCAGCGCAGGUGCAUCGCCAAACAGAAGGGGAGUAGCAGGUCUACGGUGUGCAGUCUGCCAUGCUACUACCGCUUGGAUUUCAGCCAACUCACAGCUCAGAAUUGCGGAUAGGCAGCUAUGAAACCUUUAAUUUUCGCCGUGACUGUAUAUAUUAACACAAAUAUUCUUGAAUUCUUCUAUUGAUCAUGAUGUAACUACGUUGGCAUCU